AGAGAGAGGAGAGAGAGAGAGAGAGAGAGAGAGAGAGAGGAGAGGAGAGAGAGAGAAGGCUCUCAAAUCCUUUAACGGGGGAUCAUUUGCCCGGAGCCGGUGGACAGUACACACACAACACACACACACGACAGGAACGGACGCACGAAAUUGUUUUUUGUAAUUUUUUAUAAUUUUACCAUCGAUUUGUUUCAGUAUUUUUUUUUCAUUUUUUUUCAUUAUUAUUUAUUUUGGACAUAAAACUUGGCGCGGACACGAGCUGAGUGCGUCAUGUCGUCGGAGGCGCCAGAAUAAUUAAAAGAGCAGCGUGACACCAAGGAGUCCCGCUGGGAUCUGAGAGGGAAGAAUUCGGCAACCCAGCGGUGUAGACCGACCCCCGACAUCCGGGCCCCCUGCAGCCUUUGAAGGGGACCAGCUUUUUGACUUCACGUGGACAAAAGGAGUCCAACAGGGUUUCACACAUCACUUCUUUUUCUCUCCGGCUUUAAAAAUCAGAUGACGAUGCCAUCGCAACUUCAUUUUUUGUCAGACAAUAUGGAAAAGUUUUCCACAACCACCGCUGAGAAGGUGGAUUACUGAAAGGAGUCUGGUGGAGCUUUUUGGGAAGAAUUUAAAUGGGUGUUCGCUGCUGUUGAAACACACGUAAAGGCACAGCUGUGAUCUUGUGGAAUAACAGUGUGUGUCUGUCUGUGUGUGUGUAUGUGUGUCUAUCCUGCAUUCAGACACAUUUUCAUUUAAAUGAGGAGUGCUGCAGAGGAGCUCUGCACAGAAAGAAUAUUUAAAUGCAAAAAGAAAGAUAUGUAUUUUUUUGGAUUUCUUGCAUUUUUCUGAUCCAAUUUAUAAAUUUUGGACCAUUCAGUAACUGAUAAAUAUAAAGAUUCUGCUUUUCGUGAAGUCAAAAUGAAUAACCUAUAUAUACAUAUAUUUUAAAAGAUUAAAAGAUUUUUUGUUGUUGUUGGUUUUAACAAUUUGCUGGACAAAAAUCAUUUUGUACGCCCAGUUUCUGCUGCCACGCCUCAAACGUGGAACAUCCUGUGAAUUACAUCAAUUUCUGUCUAAACCAGGUGUUGGUGAGCUAACGAGUCGCUGCCGCCGUGUCCAAUUCAAUUAACCUCAUCUUUAACUUUUGACAUUCAGGUACUUUGUGCACUUUCUAGUGAAGUAUUUUAAUGACAUUUCAUAUAAUAAGAAUGCUAAUGUAUGCCAUUUCACAUUUUAUUGAAGAUGCUAACGGCCAGUCCUUCAUAAACACAGCCAAGACUAACUGCACAACAUGACAGUAUUCCCGAAGAGGUGCAGAUUAUAAUGAAUGACUACCCAGCAACUAUCUAUGUAACUGUUUUUGAAAUUUAAAUUAUCAUAAUUUAUAACUUCUUCAGGCAAUUCUAAGGUUCUUUGACACCUAUUUCCUGAUAACUUCAUCACGAAAGCAAAAGUCUUUUUAAUGUUUGUUAAUUGUUUGUUUUUUGAAGCGUUGAAACAAACCCGACCCUGAACACAGCUGUUAUUUUGGAAGUUUUGGAACCAGAUUUCCUUUUUUUUGAAGGGUAUUGUGACUUUACUGGACUUAAAUGCAUCAGUAUUCAAGUGAAGGCGAACUCACAGCUCUCUUUGACACUUUUGAUCACGUGAUUUUAUUUUCUUAGUUCCCACCUUGGAAUACAGCCCAAAGAAUUGCAAUUUCAGCAUUUUAAUCUGCAUUUUUAUUAUUUUUAUUCAUCACCAAAUGUGAUUAAAGUGCCAGAAUUUGGCUUAUUGACCCCAGAGAGACAAGCCACAGGACAACAGAGGACAACAGAACUUUGCGGACAUCCCGUCCUGCACACCUGAAAAAAAUCACCUCUGCCUGCCUCGGUGGGGGGAGGCGGGGAGGCGGGGACUCUCGGCCCGUCCUGUCAGCGCAAUGGUGAUGUCGCAGGGCACCUACACCUUCCUGGCGUGUUUUGCCGGCUUCUGGUUGGUGUGGGCCGUCGUCGUCAUGCUCUGCUGCUUCUGCAGCUUCCUGCAGCGCAGGCUGAAGCGCCACCACGAGGAGAGGCUGAGGGAGCAAUGUCUGCGCACCGUAGAGAUGGAGCCACUGGGCUGCCCCCCCACAGGAUACCCGCCGCCUCCUCCGCCACCGCCGCCCCCGCUUUCACCCCCACCGCCGUCUCUACAGCUGCCCAGGGAGCCGCCACAGUUCUGCGGUCCCGAAACCCUGUCGCCGCCUCUUCCUCUGCAGGUCCCGCAUCCCAUGCCACAAGCAAACUGGGUCAGCAUACCAGACACAGACGUAUUCGGGAAGCCGCCCUGCUAUGAGGAGGCGGUUCUGAUGGAGGACCCUCCUCCGCCCUACAGUGAAGUACUGGCCGACCUGCGGGGGGGCACCUACCUGAAGCCCGCCCCGCUCCGAGCCGCACCAGCUGCGCCCCCGCCUCUGAGGGAACACCAGGAUCCUGCUCCAGUGUUCACAUCCGAGACCAGCAAGCCUCCAGUGAGGUCCGUGUUCCCCGACCGAGGUUACUCCUCCCUGAUUCGCCUGCCAUCGUCCCAGCGCUGGGACUCCCUGGGUCACCUCCUGUCCAACAUGGACCUGAACCACAACAACCUCAGCCCGCCGGGGGCCCGUCCUAUCCAGGCUGCCACUGCGAUGGCUACCAUGCCCCGCCGAGAGCCCAGGAUCCACCACGAGGGACUCGGGCUCAGAGGUGGAACACAAGGGCUCCAAGGAAGCAUACAAGGAUUCCAAGGAAGCAUACAAGGACUUCAAGGAGGCCUACAAGGACUCCAAGGAAGCAUACAAGGACUCAGAGGUGGAACACAAGGGCUCCAAGGAAGCAUACAAGGACUUCAAGGAGGCAUUCAAGGACUCCACGGAGGAUUACAAGGACUCCAUGGAAGCAUACAAGGACUCCACGGAGGCAUACAAGGACUUCGAGGGGGGAUACAGGGGUUCCAAGGAGGGUUCCAAGGUCUUCAGGGGGUCCAUGGACUAAGGGGACUCGAGCCCAGCUGUGGCCUGCCAACAGCCUUCCCCCUGCUGGGUCGUAGCACCGCUGUCUAGACCGGGAUGCUCACUGGAGGAGUUUUUACUAACCACUAAGGUGGUUCAUCUCUUAAGAGCCUUCAAGCAGGGGGGUUUCUAAAGGCAGACUUCCUGUCUGUGUGCCUCCUUUGCAGCUCCGUAUUUAGUAGUAGAGAUUUAAUGAAGAGCUGAAAGAGGGUCAAAGCGCUGCCGAGGUGAGGCGCUACUGGCAGCUAUGGGCGAGGUUUAGGUGUGUUGGUUCAAAACAACAAUGGCCGACGUGAUUGACAGAUGGUUCAUUCGAUUACCUGACAGGUAUUUUUUUGAAAGUGCCUGCCCUUUCCCAAACAGUUUCCAAUGGAUGGUUCUGUGUCAACCGACCAUCUGGCACGUCACGUUACUGCAAAGACACCAAGAGUUUGAGUCCCCCCCCCCCCCAUGCAGCCCUGUGGGCUAAGGACUGGGACUGGGACUUUCAGCGCUGGGGGUGUGAGUAAAGGAGGAAAUUACACACCAUUUGACACCAUUUGUGUUGUUGAGCUACAGAUGCAUGAUGUCCCAUCGACCUGCAACUUUGGGUUUUUCUGGGUCGAAAUUUCAACCCGAUUCCUAUCCGAUUUUUUGUCACUUUUGACAUUUUUUUUUAAUGUUUUAAUUAAUUUUUUAAUUAACCUUUUUGUCGCUUUUUUCAAAACAAUUUGUUCACCUUUUUAGCAUUAAAAAAAAAAAAAAUUGUGGAUUUUUUUCCUGCAUUUCUGUUCAUUUUUCCCCCAACAUUUGUCACUUUUUUUCAAUUUCCUUUUGUCAUAGUUCUGCUAUAGAAAGUUUUUGUAAACAAGUCAAAUUCGACCCGAGGACUACAGGAGGGUUAAAGCUAACCGAGUCCCAGGGACAGUCAUGAGCAACAGGCAACAAAUCCUCCACCUUUUAUUUUUUUAAUUUUCUACCCCCCCUCCCCGUGCCGUCCUCUCGUCCUCGUCAUCCCUCCCCUCCCCUCCUCUCGUCUCUCUGUGCCAGAGCGACCUAUUGAAGCAGUCUGCCGUUGCCAUGGCUCCUGGGAAUGUUGCCCACAACGACCUCUCCUCUUUUAUUUCAUCUGCUUUGAUUUCUCUCCCCCGAAGACUGUGUUCACAGCUCGUCUCGUCUCCAGUAACAAAGGAACGCGUGGUGUCCUUUCGCUUGACCUCUGCCACGGCGUCGGUGACCUUAGAGCCCGAAGGCCAGUGUUCACAGUGAGACAAAGCUGAAAAAAGGUCGAGUACAACAAGCUCUCCAGAGACCCGAGCGAUUUUGUAACAUGCUGCUUCGUUGUUUUUAAUAUCUUUACUACAAAUUGUCUGGGUGCCGCGGGUCCUUCUUGUGGAAGAUGUACAAAUUUAUCAUCAAUCUUUUAAGCUUUGUCUGAAAUGCAUUUUCUCUUUGUGACAUAAAACACACAUUCAGCUGCUAGGGUUCUUUCAAAAAUAUUUUAUGAAUUCACAGAGUUAAAACAAAAGCCAAAAUGGGAACAGCUAAUUGUCUGUUUUUAUGCUCACCGUUGUAUACCCUAAAAUAUUGGAUUCCUUCCUCUGGAGCCAAAUAAAAUAAAGCCAUUAACUUCA